CUAAAAACAAGAAAAAAUCAUGGAGGCAGAUAUAAUUGCAGAUCUUCGAUGCAAACUCAAAGAGGUUGAAGAAGAGCGACUAAAAGCUGCACAGUAUGGUUUACAACUAGUGGAGAGCCAGAAUGAAUUGCAGAAUCAAUUGGAUACAUGUCGUAAUGAAAUGAUGACCAUGACUGAGAAUUAUGAGCAAGAAAAAUAUACUCUUCAGAGAGAAGUUGAGCUCAAGAGUCGAAUGCUAGAAAGUUUGAGCUCAGAAUGUGAAGCUAUUAAACAACAACAAAAAAUACACCUGGAGAAAUUAGAAGAACAACUGAGCAGAAGCCAUGGACAGGAAGUGAAUGAACUAAAAAAUAAGUUAGAAAAACUGAAAGCAGAAUUAGAUGAAGCUAGGCUUAGUGAAAAGCAGUUGAAGCAUAAAGUUGAUCAUCAGAAGGAACUCCUCGCUUGUAAAUCAGAGGAAAUGCGGAUAAUGUCUGAACGUGUGCACGAAAGCAUGUCUUCAGACAUGCUGGCUCUUCAAGUUGAGCUGACUGAAACGGAAAGUAUGAAGACCGCCCUCAAAGAAGAAGUGAAUGAACUACAGUACAGACAAGAACAACUAGAACUUCUUAGUGCUAAUUUAAUGCGCCAGGUAGAGCGGCUUAAAGAAGAAAAAGAGGAGCGAGAAAAAGAAGCGGUUUCUUACUAUAAUGCCUUAGAGAAAGCUCGUGUAGCAAAUCAAGAUCUUCAGGUGCAAUUAGACCAGGCGCUCCAGCAAGCCUUGGACCCCAAUAGUAAAGGCAACUCUUUGUUUGCAGAGGUGGAAGAUCGAAGGGCAGCAAUGGAACGUCAGCUUAUCAGUAUGAAAGUCAAGUAUCAGUCACUAAAGAAGCAAAAUGCGUUUAAUAGAGAACAGAUGCAAAGAAUGAAGUUACAAAUUGCCACAUUGCUACAAAUGAAAGGGUCUCAAACUGAAUUUGAGCAGCAGGAACGGUUGCUUGCCAUGUUGGAGCAGAAGAAUGGUGAAAUUAAGCAUCUUUUAGGUGAAAUUAGAAAUCUGGAGAAAUUUAAGAGUUUAUAUGAAAGUAUGGAAUCUAAGUCUUCAGCCAACUCUGGUGCUCUGGAAGAUAACACCUAUUAUACAGAUUUACUUCAGAUAAAGCUUGACAACUUAAACAAAGAAAAUGAAAGCACUAAAGGUGAACUGUCCAUCCAGCGAAUGAAAGCAUUAUUUGAGAGCCAGCGGGCCCUGGAUAUUGAGCGAAAACUUUUUGCAAAUGAAAGAUGCCUCCAGCUUUCCCAAAGUGAAAAUAUGAAACUAAGAGCUAAACUAGAUGAGUUAAAACUGAAAUAUGAACCUGAAGAGAAAAUUGAAGUGCCUGUACUCAAAAAGAGACGUGAGGUACUGCCUGUGGAUUUAACCACCCCUAACGAUGUAUAUGCCAACAGUGCUGUUGGGGAAGAAGUUUAUAGAUUAGCACCUCAGAAAGAGGAGGCACAGCCCUGUCCAAAUAAUUUAGAAGAUAACAACUUGCAGUUAGAAAAGACGGCUUCUGAAAACACACCAGGAGAUAUUCUUUCUCCUCACAAAAAUCUGCCCAUGGAUAUUCUGCCAACAAAGGAAAAGAAAUGUGUGAAACUUAUAGGAGUGCCAGCUGACUCUGAAGCCUUAAGUGAAAGAAGUGGAAACACCCCUAACUCUCCCAGGUUAGCUGCUGAAUCAAGGCUUCAAACAGAAGUUAAAGAAGGGAAAGAAACUGCAAGCAAAUUGGAAAAGGAAACUUGUAAGAAAUCACACCCAAUUCUAUACGUGUCCUCCAAAUCAACUCCAGAGACCCAGUGCCCUCAGCAGUAAAGACUUUUCUUUAAUGAGAGUAAGGUGCUGCUUGCCCAAAAGUGGACCUUAGUUAAGAUUGUCUUGAUCUGUAGUAUACCACCUUGUAGGUUAUUUGUUUCUACUCAUUGUGCCAGGCCUUGGCAUUUUCAUGCUUCUUGGACCAAAUGUUCAAAAUUUGGUUGGGAUUCUAACCAGGAGAGUUCCUUAAGGGAUGACUCUUCAUGGAGCUUCUGUGAAUCAUAGUGAAUAAACUAUUAACUGAAGGAAAGUGUUAUUAUAAAUCUAUUUGUUGCCUAAGUGAUAUUUUUAAAGUGAUAUUAACACAUACCUUCAGAGCCGUAUAUUUGAAAAGAGAACACUGAAAUCAUUAACUUAUAUUUUCCUAGUGCUUUUUUAUGGAUGUAGUUUUUCACUAUGUUGUAAAAAUAGAAAACUUGUUUCAAAACUAUAUAUUGUAACUGGAUUUUGUCAGUGUUUAAGCACCUGUGUUCAUCUUUGUAUUCAUAUACAUGAUUUAAAUUUUAUGUCUCAAGCAUAUGAAGAAGUAAUUUUGAAAUUUAAAAUAAAACUGCAAUAAUUUA